GUGUAUGUGCAGUGAUUGUGCAAAAGCAUUGAGGCUUCAAUCAAAUAAGUGUCCUAUAUGCCGUCAACCUAUUGAGGAGCUCAUAGAGAUUAAGGUUAAUGUUGAUCAGUGAGAGAUUUUUCUCUUCAUCCUAAAUACAAUGGUAGAACACAGUUUUU